CUUCGCCACUGGACUGGUCAGACUGUCAAGUUACCCUGUUAUCUGGACAAGCAGGGCGGAAGGAGCAGCCGAGGCCGGAACAACCCCGGGACCAGGAUAGAGGCCAGAAGAGUAGACAGAGUGCAGGCAGGGCCAUCAUGGAGCAGGAAGAGAAGGGACAGGAAGGAGGCUCAGAGUCCUUGGGCGAGGCAGGCUCACCAGAUCAAGAUGGCUUCUUCAACCUGCUGAGCCACGUGCAGGGCGAUCGGAUGGAGGAGCAGCGCUGUUCUCUACAGACUGGACCCGGCCAGACCCCUGAGAGCCAGGGUGGCUCCGCGCCUGAGAUGGACAGUCUCAUAGACAUACUGGCCAGCACCCAGGGCCGCCGGAUGGAUGACCAGCGCGUGACCAUCAACGCCCUGCCUGGCUUCCAGCCCAUUGGCCCCAAGGAUGGAAUGCAGAAACGAGCUGGGACCCUCAGCCCUCAGCCCCUGCUCACCCCUCAGGACCCCGCUGCUCUUGGCUUCCGCAGGAACAGCAGUCCCCAGCCCCAGACACAAGCCCCUUGAGGGCCCGAGUUGAUCUGGGCCUCUCUGGGCCCCUGAAAAACAAACAAUAAAAACAUUUGCACACCAGGAA